CAUCUUUAAAAUGCAACCGUCUGAUGGCUAACUUGUCGCUAGACUGCGCCAUGAGCUUUCCGGGGCAUCAACGUGCAUUCACGUUCGGAUACAUAUGCCGAUGUGACAACAUGUGAAAUAUGUGCUUCCAUGUGAGCUGCAGUGGAGUGCUGCUUGAGCAGGACUGAUAUCGGCCACAACCCAUCUGCCACCGUGUUUGCCAAUCUGACCUGAUACUGGAUCAUACUGAAUAGAGGUCAUAAACAUAAUGCAGUUCUACUCUCUAGCAUUGACUGCCCUCACAGCGGCUGCUGUGAACGCACAAACAGCAGUUUCCGGAGAUGUAUACAACAACAUUGUCCGAUACAGCAACUUUGCGGCCGCUGCAUACGCCAAUAACUGCCCAAAACCUCCAUCAGGCUCUACGAUCUUAAAGUUCUUCAACGGGACGGCAACUAACACUCAGGCCUACCUUUUCCGCGACACAGCAGCAAAAGAGUUGGUUCUCGCCUUCCGCGGUACAUCUACUCCUCUGGACUUGGAUACCGAUUUUCUGUUCACCCUCACGCAACUCACCCUACCAGGAACAUCGUGCUCAGGAUGCCAAGUCCAUCAAGGCUUCCAAGACGCCUACGCAUCCAUUGCCAACGAUGUGUCAAACACCGUCACCAGCGCCCUGUCAAGCAAUUCUGGAUACAAACUUACCGUGACCGGUCACUCUCUAGGCGGAGGCCUUGCAUCUCUUGCUUCAACAUCACUCGCAGCUCAAGGCAAGCAGUUGAGCGUCUACACGUUUGGCGAGCCCCGUAAUGGCAAUCCAGCAUUUUCCACAUACAUCCAGCGCCUCAUUCCCACUUCUCGGUACUUCCGCGUCACACAUCAGAACGAUGGCGUGCCUCAGAUUCCUCCUCAAUUGCUUGGCUUUCAGCACCAUGGCACUGAGUACUGGGAGAGUGCAGCGAACGGUCAGGUAUCGCAGUCAAAUACAUACAUCUGUUCAGGUCAGGAGCCGACUGGAUGCAGUCAAGCACAAGACUUUGGCGACAACCCGAUCAACGGCGCCCAUAUCCAGUACAGCAAUCUGCUCCUUGCAAGCUCGUUGUACAAUGUGGGUUGUGGCUAUAAGUUUCCUUAGAUGCAUUGAAAGAAAUAGCUAGCGCGGUCCAUGAACAAGAAUCAAUCGACUUAGAUAGCAAUAGGCAAAC